AUCUCUCUCUCCCUCUACUUCCCAGAGAUUAUUCUUUUCCCACUACAGAGUAGGGCUGACAUUUCAAUGCUUGUUUCUCAGAAGUUGGGAGACUACCCUACUGGGAGAAGUUAAACUUUUGCCUAUAAUGCCAUUCUCUUUAAGGAUUCUUAUGCUAAUAGAAAAGCUUUAUUGGAAUUAAGUAGUUAAGUGUAAAUGUCUAUGGACUUGGCCUCUAUUGAUUUAUUUGAUGUCUUCUAUGUUGGAUAUAAAAGCUCAACUUGGCAAGUUAGAGGGUUCGAUUUGGCACGCCCUGCUAGCAAACAAGCUGUGCCCCAACAAAAAUCCACCCUCAAGUUACAGAGGCUCAGUUCUGAACCAGUAAGAAUGAGAUCCUGGCUAAGAGUGUAAGCUGGAUGCUGAUUGGCUGUGUCUGGUAAUCAGGAUACAUAAAAGGCAAGCACUAAAGUAUCUGGGAAGGUUGAUACUAUUCCUGACCUAGCAAACCUGUGUGGUCCUGAGACACUUCAGUACUAUGAGUGGGUGCCCGUUUGCAGGAAACAGUGUAGGAUACACUUUGAAAAACUUAUCCUUGGAAGACAAUGAAGAAGACAGAGCUCAAACUGGUGUAAACAGAGCCAGCAAAGGAGGACUUAUCUAUGGCAAUUACUUGCAGUUGGAAAAGAUUUUGAAUGCACAAGAACUUCAGAGUGAAGUAAAAGGGAAUAAAAUCCAUGACGAGCACCUAUUCAUCAUAACUCAUCAAGCUUAUGAACUUUGGUUUAAACAAAUCCUCUGGGAACUAGAUUCUGUUCGUGAAAUAUUCCAAAAUGGCCAUGUCAGGGAUGAGAGGAACAUGCUCAAGGUGAUAGCUCGGAUGCAUCGUGUGGUGGUCAUCUUCAAGCUCCUGGUACAGCAAUUCUCGGUUCUGGAAACAAUGACUGCUUUGGACUUCAAUGACUUCAGAGAAUACCUAUCUCCAGCAUCAGGCUUCCAGAGUCUACAGUUCCGGCUGCUAGAAAAUAAGAUUGGUGUUCUUCAGAGCUUGAGAGUCCCUUACAACAGGAAACACUAUCGUGAUAACUUUGGAGGAGACUACAAUGAGCUGUUGCUGAAAUCAGAGCAGGAGCAGACACUGUUGCAGCUCGUGGAGGCAUGGCUGGAAAGAACACCUGGUUUAGAGCCACAUGGAUUUAAUUUCUGGGGAAAGUUUGAAAAAAAUAUCUUGAAAGGCCUGGAAGAAGAAUUUCUAAGGAUUCAGGCUAAAAACGACUCUGAAGAAAAAGAGGAACAGAUGGCAGAGUUCCGGAAGCAGAAGGAGGUGCUGCUCUGCUUGUUUGAUGAGAAGCGUCAUGACUACCUUCUGAGUAAAGGUGAACGACGACUGUCAUACCGUGCACUCCAGGGAGCACUGAUGAUAUAUUUUUACAGGGAGGAGCCUCGAUUCCAGGUCCCUUUCCAGCUGCUGACCUCACUUAUGGACAUUGACACGCUCAUGACCAAAUGGAGAUAUAAUCAUGUGUGCAUGGUGCACAGGAUGCUGGGCACCAAGGCUGGCACUGGGGGAUCCUCAGGCUAUCAUUACCUGCGUUCUACUGUGAGCGACAGGUACAAGGUUUUUGUGGAUUUAUUUAACCUCUCAACAUACCUGGUUCCCAGACACUGGGUGCCAAAGAUGAAUCCGAUCAUUCACAAAUUCCUUUACACAGCUGAGUACAGUGACAGCUCUUACUUCAGCAGCGAUGAAUCGGAUUGAGUUCUUCUGAACAUCAGUGAAAACUACAGGAUUCUCAGUCAGCUUUUUAUAAAUUUUUAUGAAUACAUGAUUGGUGUAGUCUAUUUAUAUGUGUAGUUCAGUGUUAUGAUGUUUUGGUCCAAUCCUGGAAAAAAGUUUAUGAUCUUGCAUAUCAUGAUGAUGAGCGAUUAAGAGGAUUAAGCAUUAUGAUACAUGAUUUAGUAAAAUGUUAGCAUCAUCAUACAUAUGAUAAAUUCUUGUUACAACUCAAUUUACCCUGACAUUUACCUCUGUAGAACCAUUUCAUAUAAUUACUACCUUAUUGCUUUAUACCUUAUAAAGCUUGUUGAGCAGUUACUUUGUAUUAUAGAUACAAUAAAUACUACCCUUCUGUACAAAAUUUAUUCAAACAAAUCUUUGUGUAAUAAAUUUAGUUGUUGGAUGUUCAUUGCUUGUAAAAACUCUGGAAUCUUAUUUUUUAUGGGCAUCUUGAUGAGCAGUGGCAGAAAUAUAUCUGAGGCUUAGCCUGAGGGAUACUAUAAUAUUAUUUCACCUGCUCCCAGAAUUCAAAGGCACUUAAGAAAUAUAUCACAGGAACCCAGUUCAGCUCCCAGAAUAUUUUAACCCUGAUACAUUUUGAAGAUGCUCUUCUUUCUUCUGUGUCAGUGGUGGCUGUCGUAAAGCAUUUUGUUCCUUACACUGUGGACUCUGACACUUUUUCCUGCUCAAAUGCUGAAGACGUGGUCAGUGCUAACACAGAAAUGCUUCAGAAAUAAGUACCGCUUCUAUUGGAAAGAAAAAGAUCUUCCCAACCCACUAAACAGGUCAACUGAUUAAACAGAAAUCAUGUCCAUUUGUAACAAGAACAUGAUGCCUACAGUUUAUAUCAGAUUUGAGACUUAGUCUUUGUUGUCUAGCUUGUUUUGGCUAUUGACAGCAUUUAGCUGAGUUGCUGAUAUGGGAAAGCCUACAAAAUACUGGUAAAUUUUCUAAAGAUUCAAAAUUAGAAUUAAGAAGUUAUUUUGAAGAAACAGGAAGUUCUUGAAAGAAGCACACUAUAAAUCAGUCUCAACUAAACACCAUAAGUAUCAUUCUUCGAUGCUCUGUAAUAUGCAUGUAAAGUGGGACCAUCUGUUCACUAGGUUCCACAUUGUGGAUCUAUUGGCUUUCCAAUUUUUAAUAUGUAAAGGAAGAAAUACAGUAUUUUUGCAGACUUUUUGUCAGUAUUCUCUACAUAAUAAUAGCAUGCACUGUGUUAUUUUAUCACAGCUAACCUAGAAAUGACUUAAGAGUAUAAAGAUGCCUAGAUUAUAUCAAAAUAAAUGACACUUCACAUGUAAGAAUUGAGCAUCCAUGGACUUUUGGACCUUUGGUGCUCCUGGAACUGGUAUUACAGGGUUAUAGAAGGAAAAUGACUAUGGAUUUCAACUACACCACUUGUGUGUAUGUAAGGUGUGCAUAUGUGCACACUCACAUAUGUACUUACAUAACACACAGUGAGGGUUAAACAGAUAUAAAUACAGAGGAAAAUACCAUGGGCUAACAGCAAAAUCUCAGAAAUCAGUAGGCUAAAGAGUAAAUGCUGAAAUGGUCCUUUGUAACUAUCUGUGUGGUACACUUCUAAGGAAACACCAGUUCCUGUUUAAAUGGGGAAUACUUAUUUUGUAAGCUUCAUUUUCUCUCAUCAUAUAAUUAAAAAAGUCUUGUAAAUAGA